AUGUCGUUAUCUAGGCAUUUAGGGUUCUCUGAAGAGGAUGUUGAAGCAGCAGAAGUACUUGAUGAAUUAAGGAAAACUGUCCUUAACCAGGAUCUAAAUUCUCCACACGAAAAUAAAUUGGUUGUUCAGCGGAAAGAGGAUCAGAACCAGAACCAGAACCAGAAUGAACGUUGUAGAGAAGGAUCAAGUAACUUAUUGAAUAGAGUAAUGAAUAAUGUGGCUACUUUCUAUGAUGAUAGGAGGAAAGUAGCUUCUAUAGCUAGAUUAUUAGAUGAUGCAUAUGAGGAUAACUAUACCACUUCUGAAGGUGAAAUUGAUAGUGAUCUAAGUGAUUCAGAAGUGGAAAAUGAUGAUACUGAAGAAGAAUAUAAAAAUAAGAAUAAAAAUAGAUACCAAGAUGGUAAGAGGGAGACCGAAGACGAGGAUAAUAAUAAUACUGUAAAUUUAUCAGACAAAAAGAGAUCAUUUGAUGGUGAUUAUAAUGUAGGUGACUCUGUUAACAAUAAACGUAAUGGAAAUAUCGAAGUUGAAUCAUUUGAAAAUAAUUUCUCAAAAAGACAAAAGAUAUCAGAUGCAAUUGAUAAUUUUAAGGAAUAUAAAUUUAACAUGUCCAUUGAAUCAAAGAAAAGAUUGAUAGCUUGUCUCCACUUACUAAAGUUAGCAAAUAAGCAAUUAUCUGAAAAGAUAACAAACUUACAGGAUUUAGUUCAAAAGGAAAAUGAAGCGGAGUAUCAGUAUCAACUAAAAUUAGGUCGAUCAAGAUUAAGUGAAAAAAAAAUAGAUAAUAAAAAGACAUCUAUAUCUUCACUCAUAACUCAUAGUCAUGAUGGUAAUGAUAGGAAUAAGGAGACAAUAAGAGAGAAACAAAAUAAUAAUAAUUAUAAUAACGGGAAGAGUUUAGUCAAAAAGGAGCAUCAAGAAACUUUAAAUGACAAUAAUGGUAUUGACUCUGAGGAGGAUGAAGAUGAAGAGUUUUUUGAUACAUUUGAUAGUAAAGAAAAUAAUGAACAAGCUACAAUAGUUAAAAUGGAAGUUGUAGGAACUAUUAAAAAAAUUUAUUCAAUGAUAUCGAGAUUCACUGGAAAUUCUUUACCUGAACCCGCUAGGUCUCAAGUACGUGCAAGUUUAUUAAAUUUGCCUACAAAUUGGUCUUCUACUGUUUCAAAUCUUUCAUUAUCAAAUAAUUCAUUAGCAAGUAACAAUUUACGGAGAGGAUCUAUACCGACUUCAGAAGAUCAGUAUAUUAGUACAAAUGGGAAAGUCUUGAUUCUUGCAAAGGAAUCACUAGAUAUGGUACAAAAUGUCAUGGAAGUGGUCGAUUCAACAUUAGGCAAAGCUGAAGAAUGGGUAAAACAAAAACAAGAGAUAAAAGAAGCUCUAUAUGAAAAGUUUAUGCAGGCCAAAAAUACUAAAGAGAGGUAA